AUGACGGCCGCGUUGAGCUUUGAUCCCUCCAUCCCCGGAUUCCCUCGGUACACGAUGAUCGUGGACACGCACAGAGGAGUCUACAACCUCCGUAUCCAAAAUGUUCAACUCGAAGACGAAGCCGAGUACCAGUGUCAAGUUGGUCCAGCUCACAAGAACCACGCCAUCUGGACAGCGGCUCAACUCAAUGUUUUAGUUCCUUCCAAGGAGGUCGAGCUUCGACAUCGCGGCAACGGUAGCGUUGUCGAGGUCCGUGAGGCCGAGCACGUGAACAUCGCCUGCUGGGUGAGGAACACCAAGCCUGUUUCGCACAUCAAGUGGUUUCGCAACGGCAGUCCGCUACCUAAAGACAAGGUGCAGAGCAAAGAGGACGCUUCCGGCGAAAAGCUGCUCUCCGUGUACACGUCCAUCACGUUGUAUCCCAAGUUGGACGACAACCACGCCGUGUACACCUGCGAGGUUCACCACCCGGCUCUCACGGCUCCACUUAGGUCCUCGGUCACCAUCAGUGUGCUUUAUCCGCCCGGAGUUCCCGAGAUUGAAGGCUACCAGGACGGCGACAUCGUGCAAGUGGGGGACACGUUGACCCUGGCCUGCAUCUCCCGGGGUGGCAAUCCUCCGGCCACGCUCACCUGGACCAAGGACGGGGUACUACUCACCGCCAAAUACAAGAACGCCACCCGGGAGGCCACAAACACGUACACCUUCACCGUCACGGCUGGAGACAACAACGCCGUGUAUCGCUGCGAGGCCACCAACCUCGUCACGCUGCAGCCCUUUGAAGCCUCGGUGAAACUCAGCGUGCUGUUUGCCCCUUCGCGCGUGAGCAUCACGGGACCCAAGGAGGCUAAGGCCGGGGACAUGGUGACCAUGACGUGCACCACGGCACCGAGCAACCCGUCCGUGGACGUGGCCUGGAAGCUCGACGGCAGCGCCGUGCAACCGGCGUCCGACCAGUCCACGGUGCAGACAAAAGAAGGCUGGGUGACAUCGUCCAACCUCACCAUCACCCUCACCAGGCAGGAUCCUGACGUGAAGUCAUUCACGUGCCUAGCUGAGAGUCAGAAGCUGCAGGAAACUGUGAUUCAGUCGGCGUCCUUGAAGAUCAUAUACCCACCCAGGCCUCCUGUCAUCAUCGGGUACGAAGAAGGCACUCCAAUCAUGGCGCAUUCCAUCCAGAGGAUCAAGUGUGUUUCCAUCGGCGGCAACCCUCUACCGACCGUCAAGUGGUACAAGGGUUUGAAAGAGUACGCCUCGCUGUCUACGGUAACAGGCAGUGGUGUGUCCAGCGUGCUCGAAAUCAUGGCCCAACCGGACGACAACCAAGCGACCUACAGCUGCAAAGCUGCAAAUUCUGCGACCACCAAGCCACUAACCACGUCCAUCAAAACAACUGUUUUGUUUGCGCCGAAAGCCGUCUCGAUUACAGUGGUGCCACAAGCACCUAAAGAGGGCGACACUGUUGUACUAACGUGCGAAUCCGGAAGCUCGAACCCCGAGAGUUCAAUCCAGUGGCUGCACAACGGCAACCCGACGGCGAGCCACCACCAGAGCCGCGUGGACGCGCAGCACGGAGGCAAGGCGACCCGAAGCAGGGUGCGGCUCAACGUGACUGCGGCCGACGAUGGCGCGGUCUUCACGUGUCGAGCCUCAAACGACAUCCAAGAAGGCGCCCAAGACAGCGUGUCUCUGCGCGUGCUACGUAAGGAUGCCGCCUGUAGCGAGGAACAGGGCGAACAGGCCCCGUGA